CCUGCUUGGCUGGCUGGCUGGGCACGCGCGAGCUCCACUCCCCGGGGGUGCAAAGGCGAGAGAGGCGUCGCGCGCGGUGUGGACGCUUUCUUUUUUGCAAGCGCCGUUGCGUGGGCUUUUGCAACCCGCUUCCUUCCUUCCCUUUGUUCCCCUCCGUGGCCAGUUUCUCCAGCCUGUAAUACUGGCUCCCCCAGCAGCUCACCGGGCGUGGUCCGUAUUCUCCCAAUAUGGCGGACGAAGACCUGAUAUUCCACAUGGAAUACCUGGACAACGGCACGCUACCCAAACCAGGUUGUGGGAAUUGCCACGAGGCGGACAGCGACGAGGAAGAGAGUUACUACAUCUGUCCGAUUACAGAUGAGCCCAUUUUGAACAAGAUAUCCGGCGACAAAGUUCAUAACUAUUACAGCAACCAGGUCAAAAAUGAGACUUAUUCCUCCAGCUCCUCUCCCAGGAGUUCCUUCCAUGUUAGGGAAGCAUGGAAGCAUGCCAUCGAGAAGGCCAAGCACAUGCCUGACCCCUGGGCUGAGUUUCACCUGGACGACAUCAAAAUGGAAAACGUCACCCGCUACAGGUACAACGCUGUAACCGGAGAAUGGAUCGAAGACGAGGUCUUGAUCAAAAUGGCUGCGCAGCCUUUCGGACGAGGAGCGAUGCGCGAAUGUUUCCGGACGAAAAAGCUGUCCAAUAUCCUGCACAUGCAGAAUUGGAGAGGGGCCUUCAAUUACGUGGCAAAAAGAUACAUCGAGACGGUCAACCGGGACGUCUAUUUUGAGGAUGUGCGGCUGCAGAUGGAGGCCAAGUUAUGGGGAGAAGAAUAUAACCGCCAUAAGCCCCCAAAACAGGUAGAUAUUGUCCAGACCUGCAUAAUUGAAAUGAAGAACAGACCAGGCCGACCUCUUUACCACCUGGAGCAUUACAUUGAGGGGAAAUACAUCAAGUACAAUUCGAACUCGGGAUUCGUACGAGACGACAACAUACGUUUGACCCCGCAGGCCUUCAGCCAUUUCACCUUCGAGCGCUCCGGGCACCAGCUGAUCAUUGUGGACAUCCAAGGAGUUGGAGACCUGUACACAGAUCCUCAGAUCCAUACCGAAAGCGGCACAGAUUUUGGAGACGGGAAUCUCGGUGUACGAGGGAUGGCCUUGUUCUUCCAUUCUCACUCCUGCAACCGGAUUUGUCAAAGUAUGGGGCUGAUGCCUUUUGAUCUCUCCUCCAAAGAGAAAGACGCCUUAUUUCGCAGUACCAAACUACUUGAAUCAGCUCAGACUGUCGUGCGGGGCACCGAAGAGAAGUGUGGCAGUAGCCGUGUGCGCACCGUAUCGGGCACCCGUCCCCCGUUCCUUUCCCGCCUUUCCGAAAACUCAGGGGAUGAAAGCAUGAGUGAUAGGGCCUUUGACUCCCUGCCCUCCUCCCCGUCUUCAGCCACGCCUCACAGCCAUAAGAUGGAGGGUCUCCAUUGGCCUGUUUUCAAUGAAGUCGACAACUUGGUUCACAAAGACCACGAAAACCUUGAUAAUCAGCGGGAUUCCGAAAACGGAGGCGACAGUGGAUGCCCCAGUGAGAAGAGGAGCGAUCACGAAGACAUGGAUCACCGGGAAAAGGGUCAUCCUAACUGCAACCGGAGACACGAAUCUGAUGAAGACAGCUUGGGAAGUUCUGCUCGGGUCAGCGUGGAUAAAUGGAACCUCUACAAUGCAGCCCGAGUUCACAUUCACAGACCUUCUUGCGUUGCAGUAGAGGUUCAGAGACUCAACGGCCUGGAGCUGGAGAAGAAGAUUGGAAAGUCCAUCCUUGGAAAGGUCCACCUGGCCAUGGUUCGGUACCACGAAGCUGGCCGGUUUUGCGAAAAGGACCAAGAGUGGGAUCAGGAUUCAGCUCUCUUCCAUCUGGAACAUGCAGCCGAGUGUGGAGAACUGGAGGCCAUUGUGGGGCUGGGCCUCAUGUAUUCUCAGCUGCCUCAUCACAUACUUGCAGAGGUCACUCUACAGGACACCAAGCAAAACAGAACCAAGGGCUUUGAAUAUUUGUGCCGAGCAGCCGAAGCGGGGGACCGCCCUUCCAUGAUUCUUGUUGCGAGAGCUUACGACAUGGGCGUGAACCUGGCGCCCGACAGAGAGCAGGAUUGGAAAGAAGCGCUGCAUUGGUACGACAAAGCUUUGAACAUGACUGAUUACGACGAAGGCGGAGAGUACGACGGCACUCAGGACGAACCUCGUUACCUCCUCCUUGCCAAAGAGGCAGAGAUGCUGAUGACGGGAGGAUUUCACUUGGACAAGGAUUUGCAGAGAUCAGGGGAACUUUUCACGGAAGCCGCCGAAGCUGCCAUGGAAGCUAUGAAGGGUCGGCUAGCCAAUCAAUACUAUCAGAAAGCGGAAGAGGUUUGGGCCAUGAUGGAAGAAUGAAAAAAAACCCACAAAAUACCUCCCCCUUCCCUUGUAUAUUUUGAUACAGAUACCCUUUUUUUUUAAUUUAAAAAAAGAAAAAAAAAACAUAUUUUAUUCCAAAGCUUGUAUGGAGAACCGAGAGAAAGAGACGCUUUUAUAUAUAUAUAAAAGGAGGAUAUAUAUAUAUAUAUAUAUAUCUAUCUAUCUAUCUAUCUAUCUAUCUAUCUAUCUAUCUAUCUAUCUAUCUAUCUAUCUAUCUAUCUAUCUCCUGUGAAUGGAUCUUCUCUUUCCCGAGAAAUCUUUUUUUUUUACUUCUUAUUCGGGGUCUCUUUGGUAGACCCUAAAUCUUCCGUAAUUGUGAUGGAACGCAGUUCUGAUUCUUCCUCUCUCGAUAUUCUUUUUCUUUUGUGCCAUUUUCCAAGUUGGAAAAAUUGUUAUUUUUUAAAAAAUAAUAUGGAUGAUAUCAUAGAUCCUCCGUGUUUUGCUAGGAGAUUCGUUUGUGUAGAUCUCUUGCCUGACUGCUGGCUUCAUUCUCCAGAAUUUUUUCUAUAAAUGAGAUUGACUGUAUUUUUUAAAGUAAUAAGACGCACUCCCCCCCCCCCCGCCCCGCAAAAAAGAGGGUGAAAAUUUGGGUGCGUCUUAUACACCGGUAUUUUACAAUAUAAUACAAUACAAUAGCAGAGUUGGAACACUUUUGUUUAAAGGUGAUAUCCUCAGUAUAUGAUCAGCACAAGAGAAUUCUGUUGCAAUAUAGCAAAUAGGAAUUAGUGGAUACUCCCUGUUCAUAGAUCCAAGGU